AUGUCGAAUUCCGAUUUAACCCCUUCUUCCACUUCUAAAUAUGAGAAGGAGAAUGGCUUGAGCCCGCAAAAAUCAUCUCGGCUGUUUCAAAAACCAAGGCAGACUGCCCGUUUAAAACGGUCCAGAUCCCUGCUUAGGCUGGAUGGACCUAUCACCCCUUUAAACGCAGCCAUCAAUGCUGAUAUCACCCAGAUUACGCCCACUUCCAUCACUUCACCUCAGACCGUUGACAGAUUGCAUUACCUUGUUAGUGGAGGAGCACGAUACAGUAAUAGGGGUACUACGAGCCGAGAGAUUCGAACCAUUCCUACCUAUGUUUUGGAUAGGCUCUCAAAGACCAAGGACGAGUCUUUGAAAGGUGAAGAAAAACAGGAAGAGAAAAACAAAGUUAUAAGGGUAGAUACCAUUCAUCAGGGAAACAAUGACCCUUUCAUACAGACAUUUAAAGACGACACUAAUACCUCCAAAUGGCAGGAUUUCCUUGGAACGGUACGUAUGCCUGGUUCUACUGUACAGAAUUCCGAUGAUUCCGAUACCGAUUACAUUCUGAACCAUUAUGAUUUGAAUGGCAGAUGGAAGGGUGAGUCACGAUUAGUUAGCUAUUUUCAGAACAGCAGUAAUGGUGAUGAUGAUAACGAUAAUGACAAUGAGAAGGAAAGAUCUUCCACUGAUUUGGAAUCAGGAAGUAAAACACUUCAAAAAACAAAGCAUUACAAAGAUAGGGCCCGGUACUGGAUCCAGGAAAACAAGAAGAACUGGAAGCCAAGGUUAAUUGAGUCACUUCUAUCAAACUCUUACGUGCCUCUCGUAUUUCGAGUGAUUACGCUUAUUCUUUCACUUGUAACCCUCGGAGUUGGUGGAAGUUUAAUUCAACUGGAUGCGUCUGACGGUUUUACGCGAUCUCCAAGUCCAAUCAUGACGGUCUGUGUGCAACCAAUAGCUGUAGUUUACAUUCUUUAUACCACCUAUGACGAGUUCACUUCGCAGCCCCUUGGUUUGAGAGAUCCAACCACUAAGAUAAGGUUAAUCUUGUUAGACUUGUUAUUUAUUAUCUUUGGUUCCGCAAAUUUGGGCUUAGGAUACCAAGAGUUGUUCGCCUCGGAUGGCAUCUGCAUCAAUCCUGCUGCGGAUGUUGCCGUGUUUGAGCCUAGCUUGAAUAGAAUCAUGAGUGCAUUGACAGUUCCAGGUGAGGAGGAUGGUGUGCCUGCCAGUGGGAUCAGCGACGCUGCUACUGUGAACGACCCUUUUUUAGAACGUACAUGGAGGGAAAUUGAACCUUCUAUUUAUAUCAUUCUUGGUGACGAUAAGAACUCUCCCUUGGAUUCUAGAAUGUAUACCCAGACUUACUCUAAGGUGUACAAUUACUGUACCACUGCAUCGUCGCGAAGGCCGCCCUCUGUCAACAAAGAUCAUGACGGUAAAGGUACCGUGAAGUUGGUUGGUGCAGAAUUGUACUACAAGCUUCAGGAGUAUUUGAAAUACUACUUGGAGAACUUGAAACAGAAGGAUGGUGAAACUUUUCUCCAGUUCUAUAUCCGUAACUGGCAGAGGUACUUGAUUGGAUCUACAAGGCUCAACGAUGUCUUAGAUUAUAUUAAUAGGUACUGGGUGGCCAAGGAAAGGGCUGAUGGUCACAGAGAGAUUUAUGAUAUUCUCAGUUUGUGCCUUCUCUCUUGGAGAGACUAUAAGUUUCAUGCCAAUCUGCCGACUCUUAUGAGCGAAAUCAUGGAACAGAUUCGCCUUCAGCGUGAAAGUAAGAUCGAUUCUGUGGGAAAUCUUAGUGUUGCCAUCAAAUCGUUCGUUCUAUUGGGAUUUGAUGUCAACGAUCUCAAAAAACAGAACUUAUCCGUCUAUAUCAAUGAUUUCGAGAAGACGUUCCUUACAGAGACUUAUAAUUUCUAUGCGGAAGAAUCUGAACAAUAUAUUCAUGAGCAUGGCGUUGUUAAUUAUUUGGUGAAAGCUCAAGAGCGCAUCGACGAAGAGUUGAAGCGUCUGGAAGAAUUAAACGAUCACACUCGUCGUCCUUUGAAUGAUGUUCUUAACCAGGUUCUUAUCACUAAUCAUUCCGAAGAAAUACGCGCACAAUUGACAUCUUUGUUGGAUCAGGAGCGUAUCACUGACAUACGCCGAAUGACCCGUUUACUACGGCGUGUUCCUAUGACUAUUGAGCCGUUACUUCAAGACUUCCAAGAGUAUGUGAAGCAGAAAGGUUUAAGUUCUGCUCAUAAGAUGAAGACCGAUUUUGAAUUAGAGACUCGAUCCCAGGGAUAUAAUUCUGGCUCAACUUCUCCAGGACCUCAUUCCACUGAUUCUCAUCCACCUCGCCACUCGAAGCGUAUGAAGGAGAAGGAAUAUUACGAUGCUCAGAUAUAUAUCAGGACUUUGCUUUCCGUUUAUUAUCAUUUUGUUGGAGUGGUGGAAACUGCCUUCGACAAUAACGAGGCCUUUGUCAAAGCGCUUGACAGUGCCUGUCAGUCAUUUAUCAAUAAAAAUGAAGUUGUUACGCCAACGCUACGGUCCAAAUCUAGAACCCCAGAUUAUUUGGCAAAGUAUAGUGACCAAAUGUUGAGAAAUAAGGGCCAAACAGCGGAGUUGAAUUCGGAGUUGUUGAUGACAUUCUUCAAAUUUGUUGAUGAUAAAGAAAGUUUUGAAGUUUGGUAUAGACGGUACUUAUCUAAGCGUCUUAUGAGUGGUCAUAUGUCUCCAGAGGAUGAGGAAAGAGAAGAAGAAAUCAUCCAGAAACUAAAAACGGCAAAUAGUAUCGAGUAUACGACGAAGAUCACCAAUAUGUUCAACGAUAUAAGGGUUUCCCGAGAAUUGGGUAACGUUUAUAGAGAAGCUAUAGCAGACCCUCGCAACCGUCCUGCUGGUUUGCAGUUUAUUACCGACUUGGAACCUAGAAUUUUGGACUCAUCUUCCUGGAACGCCAUUUUCCGUGGAUCUAGUGAAUCGUUCAUUCUUCCUAAGGAAUUGAUUUCAACACAGGAAAAGUUUGAAUCGAUAUAUCAAGAGAGGUAUAGUGGACGUCAAUUGAACUGGAUCUGGAACCGUUCGAGAAUUGAGUUGAAGGUGAAUAAUCUGUCUCGUCCUGGAAAGCCUCCUUACCAUUUCACAGUGACGCUUUUUCAGUAUGCCAUUUUAUCGCCUUAUAAUGAACGUGAUGGCAUGAAUACUUACGAAUUGCUAGAGAAUACUGCACUGCCUGUAGAAGUGUUCAAGGCCAACAUGAUUCCACUUGUUCGGAAUAAGUUAAUGAUUCAAAAGCCUGCAGGGGAGGAAAAUAUGACCAAUCCAACAACGCACUACACAAUAGUGAGGGAAUAUACAUCAAAGAGAAUUAAGGUGAACUUUGCAGCGGGUGUUAGAAUGGUGGAUACUAAGAACGAAGACCGCGAAACCACCGAAGAGGUAGAAAGAAGACACCAUGAAUUAUUGAAAGCAUGCAUAGUUAGAAUUAUGAAAGCACGGAAGGAGUGCAAGCAUGAGAGAUUGACUAACGAGGUCUAUCAGAUCAUAGAUAGAUUCAAGCCAACAGUUGGAGAUAUCAAGAAAGCCAUAGAGGUGCUUAUUGAUGAGCAGUACCUUGCACGUGGAGAUGAUGAAGGAUAUUUGAAAGUCAACGAAGAGCCUCACAAGAAGGUUCUCAGAAAUCCAUAUGGUCCUAACCCGGGAGAUUUUCUUUCGAAUGUGACUUCUUUCAAGAUCAUUGAAUCUACUCUAAGAGAAGGAGAGCAAUUUGCCAAUGCUUUUUUCAGCACCGAGAAGAAGAUUGAGAUCGCCAAGGCAUUGGAUGAUUUCGGUGCAGAUUAUAUUGAGUUGACAUCUCCACUUGCCUCCGAGCAAUCAAAAAAGGAUUGUGAAGCUAUCUGUAAGUUGGGUUUAAAGGCCAAAAUCUUAACCCAUAUCAGAUGCAAGAUGGAGGACGCCAGGGUUGCGGUAGAGACCGGUGUGGACGGUGUAGAUGUGGUCAUCGGUACCUCCAAGUACUUGAGGCAGUAUUCUCACGGUAAAGAUAUGUCAUAUAUUGCAAAGGCAGCUAUUGAGGUGAUUGAGUUUAUCAAGUCGAAGGGAAUUGAAAUCCGGUUCUCCUCUGAGGACUCGUUCAGAUCAGAUAUUGUCGAUUUGUUGAACAUCUACAAGACUGUCGAUAAAAUUGGUGUGACUCGUGUUGGUAUUGCUGAUACCGUUGGAUGUGCCAAUCCAAGGCAGGUGUAUGAGUUGGUCAAGACGUUAAAGUCUGUGGUUUCGUGCGAUAUUGAGUGUCAUUUCCAUAAUGAUACGGGUUGUGCCAUUGCAAAUUCUUACACGGCAUUGGAGGCUGGUGCCAAGUUGGUGGAUACUUCCGUUUUAGGUAUUGGAGAAAGAAAUGGUAUCACUCCUUUGGGAGGACUUAUGGCCCGUAUGAUUGCUGCAGACAGAGACUAUGUCUUGUCCAAGUACAAGCUACACAAGCUUCGUGAUUUGGAAAACUUGGUUGCAGAAGCCGUGCAAGUCAACAUCCCUUUCAACAACCCAAUCACAGGAUUCUGUGCUUUCACACACAAGGCCGGUAUUCAUGCCAAGGCCAUUCUUGCCAAUCCUUCUACCUACGAGAUCCUCAAUCCAUCGGACUUUGGUUUGUCUAGAUACAUUCAUUUUGCCAGUAGAUUGACCGGAUGGAAUGCCAUCAAGUCGAGAGUUGAGCAACUUAAUUUGGAUUUAACUGAUGACCAGAUCAAGGAAGUGACUAGAAAGAUUAAGGAAUUGGGUGAUGUCAGACCUUUGAAUAUCGAUGAUGUUGAUUCUAUCAUCAAGGACUAUCAUGCGGACAUUCACACUCCUCUGGUUAAGGCGACUGAUGGCCCUACUGUGGACGACAGAGAGGACGUUAUGUUGGACAACGUCAAAAGACCAAAGUUGAAUUAA